UCUAGUUCCUCAUAAAAUGAAACUUAUGUGUUUACUCUGAGCAGGGAAAUGGCGCAGUCAGCAGUAGCACUCGACAGAGAAGCCUUUUCCUGUGCGAUCUGUUUGGAUCUACUGAAGGAUCCAGCCACUCUGACCUGUGGGCACAGCUACUGCAUGAACUGCAUUCAUAAUCACUGGGAUGAAGAGAAGGAGAAGCAAGAGUACAGCUGCCCUCAGUGUAGGCAGAGCUUCGUCUCCAGGCCUGUCCUGGUCAAAAACACCAUGUUGGCACUUUUGGCGGAACAGCUGGAGAAGAGUGGACCUCCUGUGGACAUCAGCUCUGUGGUACAUACACAUGUGUGCUGUGAUGUGUGUACUGGGAGCAGGUUAACGGCUGUUAAGUCCUGUCUUCAGUGUCUGGCCUCUUUCUGUGAAAAACAUCUGGAGCCUCAUUAUCAGUCUGCAGCACUCAGGAAACACCAGCUGGUGGUGCCCUCUGACAAACUCCAGGAAAACAUCUGCCCUGAACACAAUGAAGUGAAGAAGAUGUUUUGUCGCAGUGACCAGCAGCUCCUCUGUGUGGUCUGCUGCAUGGACAAGCACGCAGGCCACCGCACGGUGUCAGCCGCCGCAGAGAGAGCAGAGAAGCAGGCUGAGCUAGAGGUCAGAGUGGACCAAAUCCUCCAAAGGAUUCAGAAUAAGGAAACAGACCAGGACAGACUCCACCAGGAGGCACUGUCCCUCAGAUGUUCUGCUGAUGAAGCAGUGAGGGCCAGUGAGGAGAUCUUCACCAGGCUUAUCCAUGUGAUGAAGGAGAGACAGGCUGAAGUGGAGCAGCAGAUCCGAACCCAGCAGGAAAAUGAAGAGGCCAGACUCAAGGAGCAUCAGCAGCUGCUGCAGAGUGAAAUCAGUGAACUGAAGAAGACACAAGCUCAGCUCAACACGCUGUCUCUCACUCCUGACCACAACCGCUUCAUACAGGACUAUCCUGAGCUGUCCCCCGCUGAAACUGCCCUCACAGUUCAAAGAGAGCCCCCAGGCUCCUUUGAGCAUGUGACACUUGCUCUGUCCACACUCUCUGACCUGCUACAGCACACUGUGAAAGAAGGACUGGACAACAUCUCACUGGCUCCAACACACGUCCAGCAACUACCGCCCCAGCCUGAAACACCACUGACCCAGGCCCAGCCUGAAAAAUCAUUGCCCCAGGUUAAGCUUGAAAGACUGCUGCUAGAGGCCCAGCCUGAGAGACCACUGCCCCCAAAUGAGCCCACCACCAGGAAAGGCUUUUUAAAAUAUGCAAAGGAAAUUACUCUAGAUUUAAAUACAGCUCAUCGACAACUGUCCCUGUCAGAUGAAAAUCGACGAGUAACAUUUGACGAAGAUGCAAAUCUGUAUCCCAGAAAUCCUAACAGGUUCAACUACUACUAUCAGGUCCUAAGCAAACAGCGCCUGACGGGCCGCUGUUACUGGGAGGUGAAGUGGAGCACGUCUGCCACGAAAUGGAGUGACUGUGCCAUUACCAUAGCAGUGAGUUAUAAUAAUAUCAAGAGAAAAGACAAAUCAGAAGAGUGCAAAUUUGGAUUCAAUGAAAAUUCCUGGGCAUUAUAUUGUAACAAGGAUGAAGAUUAUACUUUUUAUUUUAACGAAGAUGAGACUGAGGUCUGUGGUCCCUUUUCAUCCAGAAUAGGGGUUUACCUGGACCACAGUGCAGGGGUUCUAUCUUUUUACAGCGUUACUACAAGCAUGAACCUUCUCUACAGAGUCCAGACCUCAUUCACUCAGCCUCUGCAUGCUGGAGUCAGGUUUGAUGCUAAGGAUAAUGGUGCCACUGCUUAUUUUCCUAAAUUGAACUAACCUGUACAGUGAGAGGCAGUGUCAUAUUGAAUUUGUCAUUACACUGAGCCUUAAUGGAGAGCAAUAUUUUAGAUGCAUUAUUUUUUUCUGUAAUUAAAACAUGUAUAUAGUCUUUUUGAUGUAAGAAAAGUCUAUCAUAUUAUAAAACUUAACUAAUAAUAGCAUAUUGCAUGUGUGAAAUGUGCUUAAUGUAAACACUCUAUAAUCCUUUACAGCAAUAAAAUUCACCUCCUGUUCUUUGCUGUC